GCUGCUGAAGCUUGCUCAUCUCAUUUCCCUGGCAAAUGUAGUCACCACAACCAGUCGCACUUCUCUACUCCCUCCUCAAUCAUCACUCUACCGCCUCCCUUGUUAAUUUCUCAUUCCUCACAAGUCCCAAGAGGAUAAGAUGCCAUGAAGGCCAUGGGGGGAAUGGUACUUCGCAUCUGCUUGCUGAUGGUCCUGCUAACAGAUGUCAAUGCAAGAUUCAUCCACGUCCCUUCAUCAACACGCCACGGCAUCGAGGGAAAGUCCCUCCGCCUGCCGGUUGACAUAUACUUCCGAUUGGAUGAGGCGAAUAUCCAGGGAACGUGGUCCCACACCACCGCGAGCGGCAACAGGACCACUCUGGUGACAUUUACCAAAGAGUCCUCCAUUCCUAACAUGAUGUACCGCAACCACGUCUUUUUCAAAGAGCCCAAUAUGUCUUUGCUGAUACGAACAUUAAACCGGCGCGACGAAGGCGAUUAUCACCUCAAUCUCAACAUUGAGUUUCUCAACAAGUCGGGGCGGGUUUUGAAAGAGGAGCACACAGUGCGCGUCACUGUGGACGUUCCCGUAUCCACGCCAGUCAUCGAAAGGAGCCCAUCUUACGCAGUCGUUGAGGACAAGGCCAACGUGACGUGGACAUGUUCGGUGGAGAGAGGAACCAGAGUUGUGUUUCAGUGGUACAGAGACAACGUCCUUCUGGGUGUCAGUGACAGAUAUCACUUUUCCAAAGACAAGUCCACUCUACUGAUCAGUCCAGUGAAAAAGGAGGACAAAGGAAGUUACCGCUGUGUGGCGAGCAACCCUGUCAGCCAGGAGAGAUGCAGAAAGGCCUCGGAUCUCACCGUUUACUAUGGGCCGUACAACUUAGAGGUGAACUCUGACCAAGGCCUCCGCACAGGGGAGGUGUUCACCAUCAACCCAGGAGAAGUGGUCUUCUUUGAGUGCCAGGCUGAAUCCAACCCGCCCAACAGCUACGUGUGGGUCUCCAAGCGACGCAACACGACGCGGGUCAUCACCGAGGGCCCGCGCUUGGAGGUUCUCUCCUACAAACUGGCCCAGGCUGAGGAGUACCUGUGCCGUGCCUUCAACAAUGUGACGCAGAAGCAAGACGAGACCCAGUUUACCUUGGUGGUCGCCAGCCUUGGAACAGGAAAAGAGAAGCACACCCAGGAUAAUAAUGCCGUCUCCCCGCUGGCUGUUAUUACUUUGUGUUCUUUGCUCAUCAUCGGCAGCGUGCUGCUGGUAUUUUUUAGGAAAGCCUGUCACCCAAAAAGAGUGCUCAUGAGAAUUUAUAACAGAACAACUUUUUUUCCCAGACCAAUCUCUGAUCAGAAACGACCACAUCGAUCCGGCCAUGAAGAUGCAUCUGAAGACUUUGGCAUCUAUGAAUUUGUCUCCAUGCCUGGGAAAAUGGAAUCUGCACAAGCAUCAUGCAGAUCUCUGGCUCGGCUGGAGUCACUUCAGGAUAUGCACACCACAAUCUACGAUGUCAUCAGACAUGUUCCUGAAACCCCCGGGCAGAAUUUUCUCAAGUGACUUUUAAGUCCUCGCCUUAAAAAAAAUACGAUUUGGGUAUGUCUUGAGACUCUUGUCAAAGCCCAAGACACUGCUUUUAGUGACUCACUGUUUGCACAAGAGCUGAUAGAGACCCGUGCGAGUGCACAAUCUUAUUGUGCACUGUUGUUGUCCACACCCCAGGACAGAUAAUUUAUUUGAUUGAGGUCAUUUUGCUGUCAUCCCAUUUUAUUUAAAACAGGAUUUUCUUUCAUUUUCUGCAGGAUAUUUGUGUCGGAAAGACAUUGCGAGGGAGAGAGAGAGAGAGAGAGAGAGAGAGAAUCAUAUUUAAAACUUAUUCCUUAAUUGAAAAAAAAAUAUUAUUUAAUGUGGUUUUAAAAGACUGAGUUUAAUGAGACUAGUGUUUCAUCAAGUAUUUUUUUGUAAUUUAUGGUAGUGAGAGACGAAAAACUGUAAAUACUGUACAUAGGUUAGACUGAGAUUCAUUUAUAAUAUGAUUUCAUUCGAGGUGUCCUUAAGAUCUGUUUAUUCCUUUUUGAAACCUUUAACCCAUUUUCUAUACAUGUAGCUUUUCUCUGAACGUGAAUGUCAAUAAGGGGAAUGAAUGCUUUUUAAAUUAAUGUACAGUUUGCAUUUGUAUCUCUGUUUUUUAUUUGAAUAAAUAUGAUUACCGGUA